AUGCGCAAUUCUGUCGACGCCACUGCCGACGAGGCACUAGCCCGUAUGGGCUACAAGGCAGAACUGCCUCGAAAUCUGAGCAUGCUAAGCAUUCUGGGUCUUUCCUUUGCUAUCAUGGCUGCUCCUUAUGGACUCAGUACUACCCUCUACAUUACCCUCAACGAUGGAUUGUCAGUUACCAUCAUCUGGGGUUGGGUAUUCGUCACCCUCGUCUCUAUCGCCAUCGCCGCUUCACUUGCAGAGAUCUGUGCUGUCUAUCCUACCGCUGGUGGUGUAUACCACUGGAGUGCUAUGUUGGCAUCACGAGAGUGGGCCCCAAUCAUGUCAUUUAUCGAUGGAUGGCUAGGACUUGUUGGCAAUUGGACCGUCACGCUCUCUAUCAUGUUCGGUGGUGGACAGGUCAUUCUGAGUGCUAUCUCCCUUUGGAACGAGGACUUCGUCGCCAAUGCCUGGCAAACUGUAUUGACGUUCUGGGCUGUUUUGCUGGUCUGUACUCUCAUCAACAUCUUCUGCUCACGCUACCUCGAUCUCAUUAAUAAAGUCUGCAUCUUCUGGACCGCUGGUAGCGUCAUCGUCAUCCUGGUCACAUUGCUAGUCAUGGCCGAUGACCGUCGCUCUGGAAAGUUUGUAUUUGGAGAGUAUGACGCUUCCAACAGUGGUUGGCCAGCGGGGUGGGCGUUUUUCGUUGGCUUGCUGCAGGCAGCAUAUACCCUGACUGGAUACGGUAUGGUGGCAGCCAUGUGUGAGGAGGUGCAGAACCCCGAGCGCGAGGUACCCAAAGCCAUUGUUCUUUCUGUCGUGGCAGCAGGUAUCACUGGUCUCUUCUACCUGAUCCCGAUCCUGUUUGUGAUGCCCAAGAUCGAGAUGCUGCGCAACGUUGCCAAUGGACAGCCUAUUGGAUUGCUAUUCAAGACCGUCACCGGUUCUGCUGGAGGUGGCUUCGGCCUACUAUUCCUCAUUUUGGGAGUCAUGAUGUUUGCUGGAAUUGGCUCCCUCACUGCUGCAAGUCGUUGUACGUACGCCUUCGCUCGCGAUGGGGCUAUCCCGGCUUUCCGGAUUUGGCGCAAAGUCAACAAAACGCUAGAUGUACCCCUGUACUCUAUCCUCCUUUCCUCUACCGUCAUUGGCCUCUUGGGACUCAUUUACUUCGGCUCCACUGCAGCUUUUAACUCUUUUACGGGUGUGGCUACUAUUUGCCUUUCCGCCUCGUACGGCCUACCUAUUCUCAUCCUCAUGGUCCGGGGCCGUAAGGAUGUUCGGAACUCAGGGUUCUCUCUCGGCAGAUUUGGAUUCAUCAUCAAUGGUAUCACAGUGGUCUGGGUGGUGUUCUCCAUUGCCAUCUUCUGUAUGCCGGUCACCUUGCCCGUUACUGCCCAAUCCAUGAACUAUGCCAGUGCGGUGUUUUGUGGAUUUGGAUUUAUUAGUCUUGCGUGGUACUUUAUAUACGCACGUAAGCAUUUCACUGGACCCCCUGUGUUCGAUGAAUCCGGGGUCAUUGGUGUCAUCUCAGGAUCCCCCUUAGAGACUGAGACCACUUUUACGGAGAAGACGGAGGAAAAACAUAUCGGCGAAGAAGCCUACAAUUGA